GUUCUACGGGAGCCCAGAGCUGAGGAGGAUAAAAAACGGUUUGAUUUUGUACGUUUUUUUAAGCCUUACAGAACAAGGAGUUAAAACUACAGCAACAUGGACCAAAGCAUUCCUCAGCAAACAGCUCCACCUGAUCUCAGGAGUAUUGAGGUCACAAGGAAAAAGUCAGAGCUCUUCAGUGGAGAAUGUAUGAGGCUGAUCCAAGAGACUCAUAAGGCAUCUAAACGCAUGCAUCAUAAUGACAACAUACAACUUGAUCAGAGGGUCAAAGACAUCCAGUUCCUGAAGAAGGAGUUGGAGCUGAAGGAGGAGAUCAUUGAGGAGAUUGAUAACCUCACAGCGUUCCAGGGCCGGGUGGUGAAGGCGCUGGAGGCCUGCAAGGAGCCUCUGAGGGUCACUACUCUCUGUCUGCAGGAGAGGAUCAACCGUCCUCCCACUGAGACCCAGCAGGAUGAGGUGACCAGAGAGCUGCAGAGGGAGGGGGAUGCUGCAGAGGGGGCGGCUACCCUCCUGCAGCGUGUAGUGGAGCAGAUAUCUGAGCAGAUUCGACUGAACCAAUCUGCCAGGUACCAUUUAGAGGAAGAUCUGAAGGAAAAGUAUAAGGCUCAGUGCAUCGACCACACCUGCACCCUCAUGACCAUCAAUUCCAUCAAAACACAGCUGGAUUCCAAAAAAAACAAGAGUCUUUCGCAGAGUUCGGCAGUGACUCCUCAGCAGUGGGAGAGCACCUCCGAGAUGAACAUAGCCAAAGCGGAGCGGCAGAAGACCAACUCGCUGUCACUGCGGGCCUUCGCGGAGUCUGUCCUGGACCAGACGGCUGCUGACAUGCUGAAGCAGGUCCAGGCUACAAAAAUAGCCUUUCAGCUGAACGUCAAUCAAAUCAAGUCUGCCAAGAACCAGAUGGAGAGUCAACUGAACAAGAUUCUGUCUGAGUUUUCCAGCGUUCAGAAGAUCCGAGAGGAUCUCCAGGUGGCCAUCACACAGAAGGAAGAGUUCCUGAGUCUGGCCCAGGCACGGAUGGAUUUGCGUCACCAGAGGCCUGACAGAGAGCGAUGUCACGAUCCGGCACAGAUGCAGCUGCUCACUGAGGUCCAGCAGCUCAAAGCCCACAUCAGAACACUGGGUGAGGCAGUGGCCCGGUCGGAGGAGGCGCAGUGUGCUCUGGUUCGCUGCCAGCGCGAGCUGCAGGAUCACAUCAACAUGAAGGCCACCGCUCUCUACGUCGAUGAGGUCAUUUGCGCCCAGCACAGGGAGUCCAUUGUCAUACACAACUUCUGAACAGUCAGCAACAGGAGGGCUCUGCACAU